GCUAUGUAUCGCUAUCAGCGCUUCAUUUUCAAGCAACUAUCCCUCUUUAAGCAUUCCAGCAAGCCAUUCGAGGCUAUUUUGUAAGGCCAACACACUAAGCAUCACCAACUCCAUUCAAUGGGGAACCAACCUAUAAAGCCAUAUUCAGUUUUGGCCUUUGCGGUCGCUGCUCGAGGGCCUCUGGGCCGCGCAUAACCGUCCACCCAUACCUGUUCCUUAGACAAGCUUAGUAGUUAUACUAAGUCAGGAUGGCUGUGCCCAAUCCGGAGUGUAAAUCGUUUACGACUUGGCGGGGCGUCUCCGCCCAUCGCUCGCGGCAAAAGCUCAUGGAGGCCUCUCGGCCAUCGUUCGUAUCAAGGCACAAUAUAUAUGUGACGCCUGAGCUGCGGGACCUGCUCCAACCAAAGUCAUCACCAGAGGCUGAGGUGGAACCGCCAUACACAGGCCCCACGAGCUUCAGCCCAGAUGACGUGGGGGCCGCGAUUGAGGCAGCUAAGAGCUCCGAGGAAAGCAUGUGGCGGGGCGCCACAAUAGCGAUCCGCAAGGCGCUGAGCAAGACCAGCGGCCCGCCCAUCCAGGCUGUGGCGGACUCGGGCGUGUUGCCGCGCCUGGUGGAGUUCAUGUCGGGCGGUGGCGGCGGCGCCAUGGGGAGCGACCCAGAGCUGCAGCUCGAGGCGGCGUGGGCGUUGUGCAACGUGGCCAGCGGAACCAGCCAGCAGUGCGGGGAGGUGGUGGCGGCGGGGGCGCUGCCGGCGGUGCUGCCGCUCCUCAGCUCUCCCAGGCCCGAGCUACGAGAACAGGCGGCAUGGCUGCUCGGCAACAUCGCUGGUGACGGGAUAGGUCUGCGCAAUCAGUGCCUGGAGGCCGGCGCGCUGCUGCCGGUGCUGCAGGCGCUCAGAGAUGAGACGAACGCCAAGGCAUUGCAGCAGCUAGCGUGGCUCGUGAGCAACAUACUGCGGUGGAAGCCGAGGCCCGACAACGCCGUGCGCGACUCGCUGCCUGUGCUGCUGGCCAUGGUCGUGCGCACCGACCUCCACGAAGAGGCCCUCACUGACAUCUUCUGGGGGCUGGCCUACUCGUCAGACCACAACCCCGACGCCAUUCCACGGCAAGCAGGCUGCCAGGCGGCACUGGCGCGCGCGGCAGAGGUACUGGACAGGCCGAAAGCGCCCAAGAGCUUGGUCUCGGCAGCAGUCCGCCUCCUGUCGCAGUUGCCGACCGGUGGCGAGUUAGCAACUACGGCGGUUAUUGACACGGGCGUCUUGGCGGGCGGCUUUAAACGGAUCCUUCUGGACUCAGAGGUGGAGCCGCACGUGACCGACGUGCUCUUCGCGCUGUCCAACAUCGUGGCCACAGCGGAGCUGGACUACCAGCCCAAGGCGGUGGCGGAGGCUGGGCUCAUUCCCCUGGUGGUGGACGCGAUAAGGCAGCAGGUCAAGUCCCGGCCGCGGCGUGAGGCAGUGCACACGUUGGCCAAUUUGUCGAUGUUCCGCAAGUACGCGCCCAUUGCGUGGGAGUCCGGCGCAGUCGAGGCGCUCGUGGACUUCCUGACCCAGCCCCAGCUCAUGUCUCACGACGGCGGCUCGCUGUCCAAGGCCGACAGCGUUGCAGCCCAUGCGGCAAUGGAGGGGCUCGUCAAAUACGCGCAGGUGGGCAAGGCGCUGGCGGCCGCCAGCGGUGGGCCCAACCCGGUGCUGUCGGCGUUUGCCUCGGCCCGCCUGCACGAGCGGCUGUGCGAGGCACGUGACUGCGGCGAGCUGCCCAGGUCGGUUGUGAGGGACCUGGAGGCGCUGCUGAGGGACUUUCCACCGGCGGAGCAGGGGCAGUAAGGCAGGGCGCCGGAGGGCGUGGUGGCGUACGGACGGACUUCGUGCGGAAGUUGAAGGGGGAUGGAACGUGGACACGUGGUCUGGGCGGCGUGGGUGCGAUGCACAAGUGAAACCGCGAUUCUGAGUCACGGGAGGGCGCCGGGGAGCCAGCGUGGAGGCGAAGGGGUAGGACGAGGGCCGCGCGUGUCUUUGCCGAAUCGCAGCAGUGGCCGCCAGCGCUAUAGAAAUGCGUUUGAAGGCGCUGGGCAGGUGAGAAAAUCGCGAGUUCGCAGCGUGUAAACCCGGCCAGUA